AUGGUUCGUUACUCCAAUUUCCUAGGACACCGCUAUGCAACGAGUAUUGCCUUGCAAGAAGAUACAAUCGUCAAACGCCAAAACGUCCUUUCUAUUGCUGUAACUCGGGAUGAAGUAGGUAUACUUGACAUAAACUUCCAAGGUCACUUCCGAUACUCACGACCUGGCCUCUGGUACAGACUGAUUCAGGCCGAGGCGGACAAACUAGAACUUUGCAUUUGCACCAAGAAUAUCAUUGUGGAUGUCGAAUCAGCAAACACACGUGAGCCAUUUUGGAAUCCCUAUUGGGAUUGCCAAUUUUCAUCUCAACCUAAAGUAUCUACAUGGUAUUUUCACAAGACCGAACCGUCUCUUCCUCAACGCAUGAGAUAUGUGGGGCUCAACGACGACACACAAGGAAUAAUCGUUGGUUGCGGUCAUGAAGGUUUCGUGCACCUUGAAACCUAUGGCCACAGUGGUAAACCCUACAACUAUUCUCAAACCUGGAGUGCAUUUCCAGAUCGCGUGGCAUACAUUUGUUUUCCUCUUUCCAAGGGCGAGGUCAUUACUGCUGCGUGGAUUCGUGAGCUGGACAAUGAUUUAUCCAUUCGCCAACCUGCUCUCGUGGUCAACACAUCCCUUGAGCGUACCUGUACCUUUGGGAAUUAUGUGCCGAGGGAAAACGAACAUCUAUACCGGUAUGAGCCUCUGGUUAAACAGAAUGCCUAUCGAAUCACGGGAUUCUGCUAUAACAACAAAACGACUGGAUCAUCACUACAAACAAAGAUUGGUAUUACCCACAAAGAGAAGCCAGUUGGGCCGCUACCCAGUCCACCUCGCCAAGCCGCGUAUACCCUCCCUAACCAUUGGAUACCGCAGUGGUACGUGUCCUCUGCAUGUCUCUCUGGAGUAACUCACGUACGCAUGUUUAUAAAUAACAAAACAUCUCACAAGCCGACCGUGGGAAUGCUGCUCUCCUAUGAAAACCACCAGAUUUCACUAGGACAGUACAGAUUCGAUUGCGAUGAGGAGGAUUUCGACCUAACAGGACCCAUGUAUUUCUUCUGUGGAGAUAUGGAACUUCGUCCUUAUGUAAAGGUCAUUUGCAACGACGGCGAGGAGAAGAAGCCGGAUUGGAAGGAAAUUCCUCGGACGGCAAGGCUCGUAUGGUGGUUUACGGCUAUUUGUUCGCAGCUAGAUGUGCUUACAACGUAG